UCCACUCUCUCUCUCUCUCUCUAAAAUGGGAGGGAAGUAUUAAUCAUUUUCAAAGCGCCCCCGCUCUCUUUAUGUAGAUAUAUUUCUCCCUCUAAACCUCUAUGCGUCAUUUUGAAGCUGUUCUUUUGAUUUCAAAUUUUAACCCUCUUUGCACAAGUUACGUACACCUCUUUCGGUCCGUACAGGAGUUUCUAGGGUUUAACCGCAAGAGACAAAAGUGGUAAUCUUUCAAUGGCGGCGGAGAAGCUUCGCGAUUUGAGUCAACCCAUUGAUGUUGCUUUACUUGAUGCCACUGUUGCCGCUUUCUAUGGCACCGGGUCUAAAGAAGAGAGGACUACUGCUGACCAUAUCUUGCGAGAUUUGCAAAGUAAUCCCGAUAUGUGGCUUCAAGUUGUUCACAUUCUAUCUAACACGCAGAACUUGAAUACCAAAUUUUUCGCUUUGCAGGUUCUAGAAGGUGUUAUCAAAUACAGAUGGAAUGCUUUGCCUAUUGAACAACGGGAUGGCAUGAAGAACUAUAUUUCUGAAGUUAUAGUUAAGCUUUCAAGUGACGAGAUCUCUUUUCGGCGGGAGAGGCUGUAUGUCAACAAGCUCAAUACUUCAUUGGUCCAGAUUCUGAAGCAUGAGUGGCCAGCGAGGUGGCAAAGUUUUGUUCCAGACUUAGUUGCAGCUGCAAAAACAAGUGAAACUAUUUGUGAGAAUUGCAUGGCUAUACUGAAACUUCUAAGCGAAGAGGUCUUCGACUUUUCAAGAGGUGAAAUGACUCGACAGAAGAUUAAAGAGUUGAAACAAUCACUAAACAGUGAAUUCAAGCUUAUUCAUGAGUUAUGCUUAUACGUUCUAUCAGCAUCUCAAAGAGCAGAGCUUAUCAGGGCUACCCUGGCGACAUUGCAUGCAUUCCUUUCAUGGAUUCCUCUGGGCUAUAUAUUUGAAUCACCUCUGCUUGAAACACUCCUUAAAUUUUUCCCUGUCCCGGCUUAUCGGAAUCUCACCCUUCAGUGCCUGACCGAGGUUGCUGCUCUCAAUUUUGGUGAUUUCUAUAACAUGCAGUAUGCUAAUAUUUAUAGCAUAUUCAUGGUGCAAUUGCAGAACAUCCUCCCACCCAGCACUAAUAUUCCAGUGGCUUACUUGAAUGGCAGCACUGAGGAGCAGGCAUUUAUUCAAAACUUGGCUUUGUUUUUCACAUCAUUUUACAAGUCUCAUAUUAGAGUGCUGGAAUCCACGCCAGAGAACAUAAAUGCGCUAUUAAUGGGUCUUGAGUAUCUCAUUAAUAUCUCAUAUGUGGAUGACACUGAGGUUUUUAAGGUUUGCUUGGACUAUUGGAAUUCACUGGUUUUAGAGCUGUUUGAAGCUCAUCAUAAUCAGGAAAAUCUUGCAGCAGCCGCAAACAUGAUGGGAUUGAAGAUGUUUCCGGCUAUGGUUGAUUCACAAAUCAUGCAGAGGCGACAACUUUAUGCUGUUCCAAUGUCGAAGUUGAGAUUGCUUACAAUAUGUCGCAUGGCGAAGCCAGAAGAAGUUCUGAUUGUUGAAGAUGAAAAUGGAAAUAUAGUUCGUGAAACUAUGAAAGACAAUGAUGUCCUCCUGCAAUACAAGAUAAUGAAGGAAACACUGAUCUACUUGGCACAUCUUGAUCAUGUGGAUACUGAAAAGCAGAUGUUAGAGAAAUUAAGCAAACAACUAAAUGGAGAGGAUUACACCUGGAACAACCUCAACACCUUGUGUUGGGCUAUUGGGUCUAUAUCUGGGUCAAUGGUUGAGGAGCAGGAAAACAGAUUUCUUGUGAUGGUGAUUCGUGAUUUGUUGAACCUUUGUGAAAUCACCAAAGGGAAAGAUAACAAAGCCGUCAUUGCUAGUAAUAUAAUGUAUGUGGUUGGGCAGUACCCGAGAUUUCUGAGGGCCCACUGGAAGUUCUUGAAAACAGUUGUGAAUAAGUUGUUUGAGUUCAUGCAUGAAACACAUCCAGGAGUUCAGGACAUGGCCUGUGACACAUUCUUGAAAAUUGUUCAAAAGUGCAAGCGUAAAUUUGUUAUCACACAGGUGGGGGAAAAUGAACCUUUUGUAUCGGAACUCUUAACAAGCCUUGCAGCAACUAUUGCAGAUCUCGAGCCUCAUCAGAUUCAUUCUUUCUAUGAAUCUGUUGGCCAAAUGAUUCAAGCAGAAUCUGAUCCACAGAAGAGGGAGGAAUAUUUGCAAAGAUUGAUGCAGCUUCCUAAUCAGAAAUGGACUGAAAUUAUAGGACAGGCACGCCAGAGUGUGGAUUUCUUGAAAGAUCCGGAUGUUAUAAGGGCAGUGCUUAAUAUAUUGCAGACAAAUACAAGUGCUGCCACUUCUCUUGGAACAUAUUUCUUGUCACAGAUUACCCUUAUUUUCUUGGACAUGCUCAACGUGUACAGAAUGUACAGCGAGCUUAUAUCUACUAGCAUUGCUCAAGGAGGGCCGUAUGCCUCCAGAACAUCUGUUGUAAAACUUCUACGCUCAGUCAAGAGGGAAACACUGAAGCUUAUAGAGACGUUUCUAGACAAAGCUGAAGAUCAACCACAAAUUGGAAAGCAAUUUGUGCCUCCAAUGAUGGACCCAGUACUUGGUGAUUAUGCCCGAAACUUGCCUGAUGCAAGAGAGUCAGAAGUUCUUUCUCUUUUUGCUACAAUCAUAAACAAAUACAAGGGGACAAUGAUUGAGGAUGUUCCUCGCAUAUUUGAAGCUGUUUUCCAAUGUACUCUUGAGAUGAUUACAAAGAACUUUGAAGAUUAUCCUGAGCAUCGGCUCAAGUUCUUUUCAUUACUUCAUGCUAUCGCUACUUACUGUUUUCCUGCUUUGGUUCAAUUGUCCAGUGAGCAAUUAAAGCUUGUGAUGGAUUCCAUCGUUUGGGCUUUCCGGCACACUGAGCGAAAUGUUGCUGAAACUGGACUAAACCUUCUACUGGAGAUGCUGAUAAACUUUCAGGCUUCUGAGUUCUGUAAUCAAUUCCACCAGAGUUAUUUCUUGACCAUUGAACAAGAAAUUUUUGCUGUUUUGACGGACACCUUUCACAAGCCUGGGUUUAAAUUGCAUGUACUGGUGCUGCAGCACUUAUUUUGCCUGGUGGAAUCUGGUGCGUUGAGUGAGCCUCUAUGUGACGUCUCAACAGUUCCGUAUCGUCCGAAUAAUGGUUUUUUUGUCCGUGAAUACACUAUUAAACUUUUGAGUACUUCCUUCCCCAAUAUGAAGAUAAGUGAGGUGACCCAAUUUGUUUAUAGAAGCCUUGAAGAGUUGUGCCUGUUGUUCCCGUUGGAUGGUACAAGUACAAUGCAAUCCUAUACCAAAUACACAGUUAGUGUUUUACAUGAAAGGUAUCUGGACAACAAAGAUCUCUAUGCGGAGGAGGCUGCUGCUCAGCAAGAAAGGGAGCGGCAACGGAUGCUUUCCAUUCCUGGCCUAAUCGCACCCAAUGAGAUACAAGAUGAGAUGCUGGACUCAUUGUUUGUCUUAUUUAAAAAUGUAAGCAUGGAGGCGCCCAGGCACCACGGAUUCGCCGCUCAAGGAAACCACCUUGUAUUGAUGAGAAAGUGUCGUCUCAUUAAUGUGGUAUUUGUUCCAUUUGGUGCCAUCCGCAAUAGCGUUUUAUUUUGGCUCAGCGAGCAUUGCAAUUUCGGAUUUUGCUAUAACAACAGGGGAGCUGAUAGCCCCUUGGACCGAAUCCCACCCAUGGGGGUGUUACGCGCGAAAAAAUGGGACCCCCACCUAUGGGUGGGGUUUGGUCAGCUCUUGUUAUGGCAAAAUCCUAUGAAUAAAGGUUUCUGUGUUUAA